CGCGUUUGGGUGCCGGGGCUGCUGCGGCGGUGGAAGCUGCCCUGGGGUGUGGGGAGCAGCCGCAGCGGGAAGGAGGGGCUGCAGCGGCUCCCCGUACAGAAGGCGGGAGGGCAGGGCGGCCUCUGCCCAGCAUGGUGGAGCAGCUCGGGGGCUCACCUGGACCCCGCAGCAGCCGCGAGAUGGGAAAAUAAAUCCGGCUUUAAGAAAUGUCACAUCACAUCCAAAAGGAUAACAACCCUUCAUGCUGAUAUAUUAAGGGCUGCAAGCAAAGACACUCCUCUGUGCUGUGAUGCUUCGCCAGGACAUUGCUGUGAUCAACCUGUGAGAAGAGGCACCUUCUCCAUGACAACAUGUCAGCAAAAGAACAGAGCCCCCGUCAUGGUGCAAAAUCCCGUAGUGUGCAGCGGGCCUCGACAAUUGAUGUUACCUCUGACAUGCUUGCUUUGUCUUUGGCCGGAAAUAUUCAAGAUCCAGAUGAGCCAAUUUUAGAAUUUAGUUUAGCUUGCAGUGAGCUGCUAACUCCGUCGCUAGAUAGAAAGCCAAAUAGUUUUGUAGCAGUGAGUGUAACCACACCUCCUCAGGCAUUCUGGACAAAACAUGCUCAGACAGAAAUUAUUGAGGGAACAAGCAAUCCAAUCUUUCUAAGCAGUAUUGCCUUUUUUCAAGACUCUCUUAUUAACCAGAUGACACAAAUAAAACUUUCUGUAUACGAUGUUAAAGAUAGAUCUCAGGGAACUAUGUAUUUAUUGGGUUCUGUGAUGUUUACUGUAAAGGACCUACUUCAGGAGAGGAACCAUCGGUUGCACUUAACACUAAGAUCUGCUGAAAGUGACCGCGUUGGCAACAUUACAGUCAUAGGAUGGCAGAUGGAAGAAAAAACGGACCAAAGGCCUCCAGUUACCAGAUCUCCUGACACUAUCAAUGGAAGGACUGUACUUCCUGUUGAUGAAAGUUUAACAGAGUCUUUAGGAAUAAGAUCCAAAUAUGCUUCAUUACGGAAAGAUGCAUUGUUGAAAUCUGUGUUUGGAGGAGCUAUUUGUCGAAUGUAUCGUUUCCCUACCACUGAUGGGAACCAUCUGAGGAUCUUGGAGCAAAUGGCAGAGAGUGUGCUGUCCCUCCAUAUUCCCAGGCAGUUUGUGAAGCUGCUGCUUGAAGAAGAUGCUGCCAGGGUUUGUGAGCUUGAAGAGCUUGGAGAGCUGUCUCCUUGUUGGGAAAGUCUUCGUCGGCAAAUAGUUACGCAGUACCAAACAAUUAUUCUAACUUACCAGGAAAACCUCACAAAUCUGCAUCAGUACAAAGGUCCAUCCUUUAAAGCGAGCAGCUUGAAAGCUGACAAAAAGCUAGAAUUUGUGCCCACUAAUUUACAUAUACAACGAAUGAGAGUCCAGGAUGAUGCAGGAUCAGAUCAGAAUUAUGAUAUUGUAACAAUAGGAGCUUCGGCAGCCCACUGUCAAGGUUUUAAAUCUGGAGGUCUACGGAAAAAGCUACACAAAUUUGAAGAUGCAAAGAAACAUUAUGAGGAAUGUUGCACAUCAUCCAGCUCCCAGUCAAUAGUGUACAUACCACAGGAUAUUAUUCGAGCAAAGGAGAUCAUCGCACAGAUCAACACUCUGAAAACUCAAGUUAGUUACUAUGCAGAAAGACUUUCCAGAGCCGCCAAGGACAGAUCCUCCAAUGGGCUUGAAAGAACGCUUGCCAUUCUGGCAGAUAAGACACGGCAGCUUGUCACGGUCUGUGAUUGCAAACUCUUGGCAAAUUCAAUCCAUGCACUGAAUACUGCUAGACCAGAUUACAUAGCUUCAAAGGCCUCUCCAACCUCUACAGAGGAAGAACAAGUGGUGUUAAGAAAUGACCAAGACACUCUGGUGGCCAGAUGGACAGGAAGAAAUAGCCGAUCUUCUCUGCAGGUGGAUUGGCAUGAGGAAGAGUGGGAAAAGGUUUGGGUGAAUGUUGACAAAAGUCUUGAGUGCAUUAUCCAGAGGGUGGACAAACUUCUCCAGAAAGAACGUUUGCAUAGUGAUAGCAGUGAAGAUGUUUUCCAGUGCGAUGUCAGCUGUUCUAGCAAGAAAGGUAAACAGGAUACUCGGGUGUACUGGAUAAAGCCAAAGGCCUUAAAUGAGACCUCAUCUUCAUCAUUCCCACCAUCAUCUUCAUCCAUAUCAUCCUCUGCAUGCCAUUGUCCCAGAGUCACAAAUUGCAGUCCCACUCCUGAAGAGUCAAGCCCAGGUGAAUGGAGUGAGGCUCUUUACCCACUGCUGACAACGCUCACAGACUGUGUGGCCAUGAUGAGCGAUAAGGCAAAGAAAGCAAUGGUCUUUCUUCUGAUGCAAGACAGCGCACCUACGAUAGCUCUUUGCUUGAGCCUUCAGUAUCGUCGGGAUGUUGUUUUUUGCCAAACUCUGACAGCCCUUAUCUGUGGCUUCAUUAUCAAACUGAGGAACUGCCUGCAUGAUGACGGAUUCUUGAGGCAGCUGUACACCAUUGGUCUGCUGGCACAAUUUGAAAGCCUUUUGAGUACUUAUGGUGAAGAGCUGGCAAUGCUAGAAGACAUGAGUGUGGGGAUAAUGGACUUAAGGAAUGUAACAUUUAAAGUAACUCAGGCCACAUCAAAUGCAUCUGCUGACAUGCUGCCAGUCAUUACAGGAAAUCGUGAUGGGUUUAAUGUGAGAAUUCCAUUGCCAAGCACCUUAUUUGAUGCCCUGCCCCGUGAGAUUCAGAGUGGCAUGCUGCUGAGAGUUCAGCCUGUGCUCUUCAAUGUGGGGAUCAAUGAACAACAAACCUUAGCAGAGAAGUUUGGGGACACCUCUUUACAAGAAGUGAUUAACAUGGAAAGUUUAGUACGGUUGAAUUCCUAUUUUGAGCAGUUCAAAGAAGUUUUGCCUGAAGAUUGUCUACCUCGAUCUCGUAGUCAAACGUGCCUGCCUGAACUGCUGCGGUUUCUGGGACAGAAUGUACAUGCAAGGAAAAAUAAGAAUGUUGAUAUUCUUUGGCAAGCUGCUGAGAUUUGCCGCAGACUUAAUGGUGUUCGGUUUACAAGCUGUAAAAGCGCCAAGGAUAGGACUGCCAUGUCGGUGACUCUGGAGCAGUGUUUAAUAUUACAGCAUGAGCAUGGAAUGGCUCCUCAGGUCUUCACACAGGCCCUGGAAUGCAUGCGGAGUGAGGGUUGUCGAAGAGAAAAUACAAUGAAGAAUGUUGGAUGUCGCAAGUAUGCAUUUAAUUCCCUGCAACUGAAGGCUUUCCCCAAGCAUUACAGGCCUCCUGAAGGAACUUAUGGAAAAGUUGAAUCAUAAGAUUAUAGUGUCUUGCAAUCAGUUGUUCCGUUAAAACAUGUGGAUACACUCAACUUUAGUAUAUGAACUUUGGCAAUAAAGUCAAAAACAAUUUUUGUACGUUUCACUAGGUAACACUGAGUUGAAUUGGAUUCCCUAGGAAUAAUUAUUCUCCCUUAUAACAUGAAAAUAUUGUGAUGACUAUCUGCUUAUAUAACUAUCCAUCAGUUUAUGUAAGAUGCCUGAAUAUACUACAUCACUGAUUUCUUACCUAUAUGCCUAAAGAAGGGAGGUAACUCCUAGACUGUCCAGGAUUUUAUGAAUGAUAUUUAGGCAGCUGUUUCACACAUCUUUUUAUACUGAUUUGAUUUGAGAUUUUCAUAAUACUUUUUAGAACCUCAGAGUUGUAAAUAGUAAACUAAAGGACACAAGGCAGUUUGGUAAGAGGCAUUGUUACAGCAAAAGCUCCACUUUUAAAACUAGGGCAGCACAAUACAUUUUAAACCAGGAGCUUAACAUGUUUUACUAUAUAUGGAACACUAUUAAUUUGUAAUAUACAAGCCCAGGAACUGACACAAGACCCACUUGGUUCAGAAAUUGAAUUGGGCCUGUGAUGCCUUCAGUUGACUUCAGAAAUGUUUACAAUUUUCAUUAUUUUUGAGUAGCUGUCAAAUCCAACAUUUCAGCUAGUUUAAGACAGAAGACUCUUUUGGCAUGCAAGAAGGCUAUGUUGGUGAUUGCAGGACCCAGACAGAAAAAAAAUGUGUGGGAAAAGACUACAAUGAGGAAGGGAAUCAGAUGAGAUCCUUUUUGCACCAAUGAAAAAACUGGCAGGAUCCCAGCUAGUAUUUAAAUUGCAUGGUCAAGAGACAGUAGCAUGCAACAGAGCACUGCAUGUGACUUGUAAUCAUGGGUGGUAAUUGUGAGCAGUAAGACUCCUGGCAUUGCAAGCCAGGUAGGAAAAGUGCAAACUCCUAUGCCCUGUAAAGUGCCAAUGGGGAUUUCAUGGGCCAGGUCACUUGUAUUUGGAUCAUCUGUUGUUUCAGAUCCUGUUACUUUGGGCCCUUUUCUAUGUGCAUUAGGCAUGUUACUUCACACAGCAAUGUUCAGUGGAAGCCAAUAUUUUGAAGCAGAUCUCUGGAUUUUGUCCCCUGCUCACUGCAGUACCUUAUGCAGGUUACUUGUACAGUUUUUAGCUGUUCCAUGCAAACACAUCUUCUAUCAAAUACCUAAAGUGCUUGAAGGAUAGCAUGACUCUGUUUAGCAUUUGAGAUAUCUAAGGGGCUUAGGUGUGCAUAAAUCUGCAUAGGCAUCAGGUUGUGAUUUUCUCAUUUCCCUUUUUCACUUCCAUUUAGAUUUAGAUAGCAUUUUAAAAUGUAAAGGACUUUAUACUUCCAGAGCAUUAUGUACUACACACAACCAAAUGUUUCCCAUGAUUUUUAUGUGUCUCCCUAAUUGUUGAGUAUGAUAUUUUGAAUAUUAGUCCUACCAAGAGCUUUCUUUUUGUUAAUAUCCACUAUUUCAGGGCAGUGGUUUGCUUUUUCAUUCAUUGUUACAGCAUCAGUAGAAAGUGGGUUUUAAUUUGUUGAUUAACAGUAACAAUUGGUGUACUAACAACUAUUAAAUGUAAAAUCCUAUUUUUUCAAAUCUCUUCUGAGACCCAGUUCAUAUAUUUGUUUUAGAGGUGAUAACAUCUGCACAUGGUGAUUUUAUUGUGUCGUCUUCACAUGGGAGAGGGUUGUGCAGAAAGCCUCCAUGUGACAAAUGCAAGUCAGUUACGACUUUAUAUAGAUAGCGACAUGAAUUUACCCCCUUGUAAGUUGUUUCAGCACAAAAAUAAAUGUGUGAGUGCUGCAGUAGAUGGUAAGAUGGUGCAAUACAUUCCGCUGCUGACCCUAAUACACAUUCAUCAGUUCCUCCAGUAAAUAGUGUAUAUUUCAAAGUAAGAAUGAAGCAUUGGUUUCUGAACCAUAUCAUGUUCUAUCUUGGUUUAUUCUAGUGUAUGAUAUUCAAAGAUUUUCUUUUCACUCUAAGGCUGCAAUCCAAAAUAAACUUUUAUAAGUACACUUAUUUAGAAUCAUGGGUCUUGUAAUGGAAUGUGGUUCAGUUUGCCUCAAGAAAAUAACUUAAUAUACAUGUGGUAUUUUCUAAGUGCGUUUUACUUCUUUCUGAUGUUUUUGUUUGCACUUUAAUUUCUUGCAGCUUUUGAUUAUUAAUUCUAUUCCAGUGGUAACUGCUUUUCACUGUUUGCUGUUAGCAAUUCAGUGUCUUACCUGCUCUGUAGACAUUGUACUCAUGAUUUUGCUGAAUUUGGUUCUUUUUUACUGCUUCAGUCUUUCUUGCCAUUACGAAGUUAUGAUCCCAUGUUACCUGUUUAACCUCAGAUCUCUGCACCAUGUCAAAUGUUGUGAAAUGUUAAACUUAUACAGUUGAGAAAAGUCUUACUGAUAUAGUAGACAAAUUUGUAUUUUUAAUUUAUUCUGUUCCCAAACCUCUUAUUUUGAUAUAUUUUAAUCACAUAUUUAAAAUACCUUUAGUUUUAAAUACUCUUAGAUGGAAGACUUGUACAGUUAUUAGUUAAGAUUUUGGUAAUUCUAAAGUAAGCAAGUAAAUGUUUAUGAUUGUACAUACAGAUGUAUAUGCCUGUAUGACAUUUCUAGAUACAACAUGCGUGUCCUGUUUUGGCCCCCUUUUCAGGCACAGCAGCUCCUAUAGCUUCUCCCCAUUCUUGAGGUGUGCCAAUUCAUUUAUAUGGAAAGCAUAGCUCUGCAUAUACAAGGAGAUGCAUGCUGCACUGCUCUUUUCAUUGAAUAAAUGUGAACCCCAUAUCACUGGAGGGCUGUUUGUGCAUCAGAGCCCAAAAGGCACUCUUGCAUGGGACAUAUGUCAGCACUGUAAAGUGUGCUAGGAAAAUUUUAGGCCAGAUGUCCAACCUAUUUGUUUAGCAUCACUUUAAUUAAGACCCUUUUAAAAUGCAAUCAGUCUUUAUUAAAUACUUGAAUUCUAUUAAAAUUGCUUGUUUUACAAAACUGCUUUCACAUUGGACUUUGCUAACAGCAUUGCAGUAAUAUUCAGAAUAAUUUCUAAACUCUUCAUGUUCAUUCUUUGCUCUUCCUUUUUAAAGUGGGGAACACCAACUGCACUGUUGCAUUAGAUACAAGGAAGGGGUGCAGUAGUGCAGUCUCACUCUUUUUGGUUGCAAUAAGCAGAACAACCCUGUCCAGCGCAUCUUUUAUACAUAAAAUAUGUCAUGCACGUAAAUAGGAUCCCACAAAGACCAGAGUGAGCAGAGCUUGAUAAAAAAUGGAAAACUGUGAAACAAAUUCGUGUAGGAAAUGUCAUAUGUCUGAUUUUUAAAAAAUGUUUUAAUUUUGCACAGGAAAGACAUUCUUAAGGAUUACAAUGAUAUGAAGUUCUAGCUAAUGUUCUUUUUGAGUACCUUUUUAAAAAAAAUGAAGAAUACUUCAGAAGAAAACUGCUGCCAAGUUAUGUUCUGUGUAUAUUCUGUGAAAGCUCCCGCAGCACAGUUGCCUUUGGGUUUCACCUAUGUAUGUAGAGUUAAUGUACAGCACAGUUUUGUCCCAACACAGUUGUACUUGCCAAGCUUUGUGCAUUGAAUUUUUUUUAUUUAUUUGGUUGUUUGGGGGCAGUAUUAAUAUACCAUAAACAUAUGGUUACUGUUUUAUAUAGUCUUAAUUCAUCCAAUCCAUGUAUGCUGUAAAUGUGCUAGUCUUUAGGGAUUAAAAAAAAAUAAAGAACUGACAAGAAUGCU